CCCUUUCGCAACUUAAUAUCAUACAUCUCAUCUGUCUUACACCACACAUUCUCUUUCGUGUCAGAUAAAAAAAAUAAUUUCUCUUUCUUAUAUUUGGAUUCAAAAGAUACGUGCAUGUGUACACUUUACUUUCGUUUGUCACUCAUUAUUUUCGUCUUUCCUCGACAAUACACUUUCAGGUGCAUUAAUAAUCGUUACUUGAAACUUAUCCCACGUGAGAUACUGAAAUCUGAAAUUAUAUUGGGGAAAAGAUACUUGAAAAUUUAUUUGUGAGAUGUAAAAUUUAUUUCCGCAAAGAUAAGAGAUAAAAUUUAUCUCCGUGAAUAAAUCUUACAUCCCACAAAUAAAUUUUCAAGUAUUUUUUUCUCAGUGUACAACCAGAUUUAAGUAUUUUAUUUGAAUCAUGUAAUAUACACGAUACGUUACAUCUGUGAUCGUGAUUCAGUUAAAAAAUUCAAAUCUAACUCAAAAUUCAAUUAUAAAUAUCAAGCAAGUUUUUUGAGUAACGACUAUUAAUACAGUUUUACACUGAGAAAAAGAUACUUGAAAAUUGAUUUGUGCAAUAUAAAAUUUAUUUCCGUAAAAUAAAGUUUAUUUCUCUCUCUGCCUUUCUCUCUACGAAAUUAAAAAAAAAAGAACGUUUCAUCAGCUGAAGGGAUACCUCGCUCACGUUUGUUUUUCACGACCCGAAAGUUUAAUUGCAUUAACGCGCUCUCGCAUACGAAAACAUCGAUACGAAAACUCGAUCGUGUAUCUCAUCACGAGCUAAAAUUAAUUAAAGCUCUAUUAAAGUUUUACUAAAAGCUCGAGCGCGCACGGCUGAGAGCUAAAACCGCGUCGCGAUAUCAUGUUAAUGAAAUAAUACCGGUGAUAGAGUGUAGCUUUCAAGUUAUAACUCAAUAGCAUAUGUUUGCUCGAUUCGCUUAAUGUGUCGACGCGAUGACCUUGUCAUCGCGUAACCUAACGCUUUGCUUCAGGUAAACGCGAAACAAUUCGAAAAUGAUCGCUUAGUGAGUCGACAAAUGCCACCCCUCUCCUCUUCCGCUCUUCCCUCUCGUCACCUACAUGUAACGCACAUCGCUCGGGAAAAACUCGGUGUUAAAGUAGGUCAGAUACGAUCAGGUACUUCGAUAUCUCGCGAGAGAGGCAAAUCCCAUUUUGUAUUAUUUGCACAGUCUAUCUUAGUUAGGAGUGCGGUCGUGGUGGCGCCGCGACGCAAGCCGCGCGAUAUCGUAAUUAUAAUCAAGUCACACGGCCCGGGACGCGUUUCGCGCGAUGCAAUUUGGCAGCGGUGAUCGAAAGGAGAUGAGGAAUACUUGAAACACUGCAUCCAGUGAUAAUCGGGAGACCCCCGACGCCCGUUGCACAUACACAUGGUCGUUGAUCCCUGGUUAUAAGGGACAGUAUUCCGGAGUUUCUCGCCAGUCGAUCGGCGAACUUCGGCCGCGCCGGUUGCCAGAACGAAGCGAUAGCGAGCAGCAGCAGCGGCGGCAGCAGUAGCAACGGCAUUCGCGAUUCGCCGGGAUUGAGGGAUUUUCGUUUGCGAUUGAAUUCCAUGGAUCGUUCGACCAAAGACGACGACGCAUCGUCGAAGUCGGUUUUGCACGCGAACAAACGGCUUCUGGCUGCAAAGGCGCGGCACAAAAUCCCGCGAUCUGUGUGCACAACGAGCAACAAGUUUUCGCUAUGUCACGCGUUACACAUUAUCGCGCGUCGUUGCACACUUCUCGCUGAUCUUGCUGCAGAGCUGGACCUCGAUUAUUUAGAAAGGAGAGGAAACACAAUAACCUACGAGGGCGCUGACAGCAGCUCGAAAGAGGAGGACAGUCCGGCGGACACAUUAGAUCGCGUUAAAGUUGUCUUCCUGGGUGCACCCGGCGUGGGGAAGACCAGCAUAAUCCGACAAUUCGUCUGGAGCGAGUUCUCCGAGGAAUACCGACCGACCGAGAGGCGGGAGACAUUCUAUCCGAGCGUGGUGCUGGCGGAUCGAUUGUACGAACUGAAGAUCACCGAUCUACCGACGAUUCCGUACUUCCCGGUCAGCUCGCAUCUGGAAUGGACGGACUUCCGUUAUUACGGGCUGCGCAGCGCAACGGCUUACGUGCUCGUGUUUGACCUCAGCAAUCAGGACACGUUUCAAGACAUUGCGCGAUCAGAUUUACGAGGCGCGCGAUAUGAGAGGUGUGCCACUACUGGUAGUCGGCAACAAGCAGGACGAACUGUCGCAAGCCGUCGCUUCCGGGACCAGGUACCGGGAUAUCGUCAACCUCGUCCGGAAGCACUGGAGGUGCGGCUACGUCGAGUGCAGCGCCAGAUUUAACUGUCGCGUUGUACAGGUAUUUCGGGAGCUAAUGAAGAGCAUCCAAGCGAUAGAGGGUAGGCCAGCUUCGCCGUCGCUCGCCCCUUCGCAACCGAUGCGAUCUCAUCCUCACGACACCAGCGAGAAGUGCAUUCUUCUCUGACAUUGAGAUUAGAGAACUUUCGCGCUUUCGAAGCGAGACUACGAAUACACGAGGCGAACCAUUGAUCUCGCGGGAUCAUGAGUGAUCGAUGGUAAUCGUCGAGUGCACGAUAUCAGGGCAAUGAAGACCUCGACGUUCGUGUCGCGCUCGUGGCGUAUCGAUCGACGUGAGCGAUCGAGAGCAACGGAGACCGCGCGAAGAUGACGAGGUUUCUCAUCAAAACCGCCUGUGUCGUUGCACUCGCGCGUGUACGAGUGGGUGGACGUGAUUUCAGAAUAAGCGACAAUAAUAAUCGGAAUUUCCUAUGUAAGUCUAUUUCGCCGAGGAACGCGAAAGCAGCAGCAAUUCCGCGAACUUGAGUAUAUCGAAAAUCCUGCGCGACUUGGCAAAGGGGUAAGAAAGAUCUCUACGCUUUUCAACAUCUCGACGUGCCCGCCUUCUCGCGCAAGUCCUCUCAUUUACUUUUUCUCCUUCGUUCUUCUAACAUGUAAGUCACGUGAUUGUAAUUCACGCUGAAGCAGAUCAGGGGUCGUGAAACGACGCGGGGCUUCAACCACGGUCGACUUUCACACGCGACAAAAGUCGUUUUCGCGCCUUUGCGCGUCCAUCGCGAUUAAAUGUCGAUUUCAGUUCCCGCAGCGACGGAGCUGGUGCCAAACCAAAGAUUAGCGGUCGACAUGUGAUAACGCCAAGACGACGGAUUAUCAACGCGCAAAAAACCACAAAAUUGUACGAUAUCAAACAAGGCGUGGGAAGGUGAAUCGCGAAAGUGCAGCGCAGAAUUCUGUUUAGCUCAACCUUCUCGCGCUGCAUUCGGCCUAAUAAUAUCGAUGUUUUGAGCGGGCAGAGAAAGAGCGAGAGUGAAAGCAAGAGAGCAAGCGAGAAAGAUAGGACGAAGCAAUAGUACAUAUACAUAUACACAUACAAAUAUAUUUUACUAUGCUGUUAAGAGUUAAACCGACGAUUGAGCGUUAAACAGUUAAUCAUUCGCGUGCGACGUAACCGUUGACACACCGCGAGAUGUUAUCACACAUACAGCAUAGAUUGUACCGGGCAUGUAGCGUGUGUGUAUUAGCGUUGUUACCGUUUGUAUGUAUUCUAAGAGGAAUGCAAUAUACGCAUAUGUAAUAUUUCGAUCUUAGGUCGUGUGGCGCAGGAAGAGCAGCAUAGAAUUCGUUACGAUGCGACCUCACGACGCGCAAUUAGUUCCAUCGCGAUGUGCUGUUAUCGCGUGCGUAGAGCACCACACUCUAGCAAUAGGAUGUUAUACACAUAUACACACACGCAGACGCAUUACUGUUUGUUACGUUUAUGCGCUCGAGCAAGCUGAAGAAUUGUUGUACGGCUCAGCCAACGGCAUCACGUUACGAAUAGGUGAACGCUCAACUUCCAAUUGCGUGCGCGCCCGCGCGUACGUGAGUGCAGAUCAAAACAGGAAGAACGUUUUGUAAUAACGCAAACAUGUGUUCGUCAAGCGUUCCUUGUCGGGACGAAUAUUGUAGGCGACGUAAUACCGAUGACUCGGCACGAGAGUUGCGACUGGAAAAGGGAGAAAGAAGACGGAUUUGAAGGUGCUUUUGUAACGCGACACCACACACCACUGAGCGACUGCGGGACGCGGUGAUUAUUCUGGAAUUGUAACUCUCCGAGCCGUCGGUGUGGCGUGUAAUGCAAAUAUUACGAGGUACUAGGAACUAUUACGAAGUGCGAUAGUAGAAGUGCGAUACAUUAUACGUACAAUCUUUACAAACGAUAUGUGAUCUCUUAUUUUGUAUGCACAUGCACGAUCUUCGCAAUAAAAACCGGCGAGACAUUGGCGUGAACAAGUCUUCUCUAUGCGCACGCGUUUUUCAUCCAGAGCCAGAUUUUUCUAUUAGUAUUCCCGCAGAUAUUCUAUUAUUAGCAUUACUUUCGUCGACACGUCAUGAAUGUAUUGACAAAGAAAAAUCGAACACGAGAGAAGUACAGUCGAGAACAAAACGGUUUAAACACCUUUGAACAGUUUGAACAUUUUCUUUGUUUGGGAAACACCCUACCAACACUAUAUAGCCCUAACGCGUCAUUUUGUCUUUGCCGAAGAACAAUGAAGAUAGAAUAAAGCAGUACCGUUGAUAGCGCGCUCCCUAAACACUAUUCUGAUAAAGUCUGUAACUCACUUGGUUGUCACAUUCGCCCGAGAUGACAAUACGUGGUGCAAAAAUGGAUUUUAUCAAGGCAACAUGAAAAUAUAUUGAUAUAUCCGAGAGUAUUCCGGGUUAAAUC